GCGCUAUUUAAGGCGCGGGCGGCCAUUGCGCGGCCUUUGCGGCGGGGCAGCGGCGGGCGCAGGGGAUCUGCGUGCUGUGCCAGCGCUGCAGGCCGGAGCUGCGGCAGAGACCUCGAGGGAUGCUGAGCUGCGACUUGGCAAACUGAAACAUGACUGAUACAGAUGAAUCCCAGUCUUCUGGCUCUGAUUACCCUGAUGCCCAAGAGCUGAUCAGCCCUCAGCAGAAGGAGCCAUCUGAGGUGUGUUUAUGGCACAGGAAUACAGGAACAGAGCGGUCAAGGCAGAAGGUGGCUGCUUUUGGGGAGUCUUCAGAUCAUCCUGAGAGCACGUGUAAAUCACCAGCUGCUUCAGCUGAGGUUUUACUGAUCAGCAGUGAUUCAGAAAGUGAUGUCUCUGCUGCUCGUCCUGAGUGCUCCACUGCACCUUCAAAGCAGAAAAGGCAAUCUCAGUAUUCAAGGCAACAAGCUGAAUCUGUUACAGAAGUACCUGACAAUGACAGCUCCUCAGAUUCUUCACUGUCUCCUCAAAGUCCAGGGAAAUCAUUAGAAGCUUCCAAGCAGCAAAAGUCAAAACUCAAUUUGAAGGCCAUUUUUGCCUAUCACUUCAGGGGAAGGAAGUUCAGAGCAGCUGCACACCGAAGAUACAAAAAGAACACAUGGAAGAGCAAGAAGAAAAAGUAUGAGAGCACACACAUGCCCACAGGGAGGCCCCCACUGACAGCAUCACCACAGGAACAAAAGAGGAGGCUCCUAGACAGAGGUUUUCAAUUCCCUUUUGUUGAAAAACAUUAUGGGAAGAAGCAUAUUCCCUUAAAGAUGGUUCUUGGCUAUGAGCAAGCAGCUGCAAAGGGAUAUUUCAAGUAUAUUGAAGUGCUUAAAUACGAAGAACAUCUUAAAAAAGCUUUGAAAGCCCUUCAGGCCAGUGACGACUUAGAAAAAGAGUGCAUGGUGUUACGGAAACACAAAUACCUAGAUGAUGAAGGCCCCAUUUCUCCUAUUCAGGAGACAGAUGAUGAUGAUGAGGAGAGCUUGAAUUCUGAUACUCAGGAACAACUUGAUGCCAGAGUAGUGGAGAACAGCUCUUUCAUUCUAAGCAGCACAAUUCCCAGUAAAAAAAAGUCAAAGCCAAGAAGAAAAUGUGCAAAAGCACCUGAAGUGAUUGAAAUAGUGGAUUAAGAAGAUGGUGCAAGAGAGCUCUGUGCCUCUGCAGGGCUCACACCUCGGUGAGCAGCAGAUGGACCAAUGAGGUAGCAGUGGUCAUUGUUCAGAUACCUCUUUCUUGGGCCUGUUUGGUUUAAAACAUUGCUCUGGAAUCAGUGUUCAGCCCUCCACCCGGCUGCCUGUUUGGCUUUUUUUUCUGUUGCUUUUGGAAGAUGAAAUACCUCUUGGUUUUCUUGCUGCAUAAGCUUUUAUCUGAUUUGGCUUGGACAACACUGCCUGGAAUUUUCUCUGCUGAAGAUGCUGAAGAACUACUUUCCUCUCAGUGUCUUCGUGGUGCCUCACCCACACUUUUUGUGCCAGGGUGUAUCAACAGCUGCAGCUUCUGGUGGCUUCCCUGUGAUGAGCACACUCACACUGCAGCAGCAGUUGUAACUACUUGGAGAUGUCUUGAAUUCUUAUGGCUGAGAUUCACAAAUCCUUUACUUCUUUGGACAUCUGUGCAACACAGUAGCAAAAGAGGGGCAUGCCUGUGAUGUGUGGAACAGAUUGGAAAGCCUCUACUCAAGUGAAAUGCACCUGAUGUCCCUUCUGAACUAGCAUCUUGGUACUUAGAGAAAAAAAGAGGAAGAAAUGCAGGCUGCCAUUUCACAGAAGUCUGAAGCUGCUUCAGGGAUGCUUGAGGAUACAGAAUGAAGUGAACUGCCCUGAGUUAAAAAGAUGGAAGCAACUUGUUUGACAGGGUCUGCCACCAACUUGCUGUGUGUCAGAGGGAUAAGAAACACCAUGUGGGAGCUACCAGAGUGAGUGUGGAGAUCCUGCUGAUGUUGCUGCAAGCCUGCUCCAGUGAACUGCACAGCUGUUCCAAAUAAAGAACUUUCUCUAGA